UAUGGGUCCCAUGUCCCAUGCACUGUUAUUGAGAGUUCUGUUUCAAACAUUUCCCAGCAUGCAUCACUGUCUUACUCUCAAGUGUUAUUUUGUGUGUGAAAGUUUAUCAGAGAAAACUAAAGAUUGUUUUAGAAUGUAAAUAAUUCAGCUUCAGAUUUGAAGGUUUAUGUUAAAUAUCUGAAAUAUAAAAAUGCUCCAUUUAAUAAAGAUUUUCCUUCAGAUCAUUAUAACUCAUCUUCUUCUACACAGUUGAUACAUAAAAGCAAAUUUUGUGCAAACAUGUUAUAACCCAGACCAGGGACCAGCCCAUUAACUCAGUCAGACUCCACCUGAGCAUGCUCUUAUUGUGGCGGGACCAACUCCCUUUAUCAACAUCCGGGUCACGGUGCGACUUCCUCCACUGGCUGCUGUUCCUUCUCCCGUCUGGACUGACAUCCAUUCACCUGAUGAAUGGUGAAAAGGCGAACUACCCAAGAUCGGACCUGCAAACUGUAACGAACACUGAACAGAACUGGAGACAACACAAAAGGUCUGACAAAGAACUAAAGGAACCAGAGAGAGGAGACGCUAUGAGUCUGACUGCAGCUCUGAGAGGAUUUGUUGUUUUACUUUGCUGCUUUUCAGCUGUGAAGAGUCAGAGAGGCUGGGAAGUGAAAUACUAUGAGACUGAAAAAUGUGCAAAUAAAGGAUCAACUGUGAUCAUACUUUGCUCAUAUGGUUAUCCAGAAAAGGUAAACAAAGUCUACACCACUGUUAAAAAAAGCUUCUGGUUCAUCAGAACUGAAGGAGAACCUGUAGACCUGAAAGAAGAUCCAGAAUACAAAGAUCGAGUGAUUUACAGCUAUUCUCCAAAGAUCUGUCAUCUGAGAAUCUCUGGAGUGAGAGAGAGCGACUCAGCAGUUUAUAAGUUCAGGUUCAUAACAAACCAUCAAAGUGGACGUUACAUCGGAGAACCUGGAGUGAGAUUAACUGUUAGAGACCUCCAGGUUCUGCUGGUUUCCACAUCAGUCCAGCAGGAACAUUCAGACGUUCAGCUAAAGUGUUUCAACAGAUGUGAUCCAGAUG